AUGCCGUGGUUGAUGCUCUCGCUGCUGAUUUUCGGCACCUCGCUAUGCCUUGCAGUUCCAGCCUCACCCUCGUCCAGCGCACAGGCAUCGCAAUCCACAGCCUGUGGUGCUAUUGUAAAUGAUCAAGAGAACAGUGUCUUCAAUGCCAGCUUUGUCUAUGAAUGUCUCACAAGCGUGCCUUUUAAUCCGGCUGUUGCAUCGCAAUUUCUGGACUACUACAAUGACACGCUCCAAUUCCAAAGCACUUUAACGUACCUCAAAGACCCGCCGCGCAGUUAUCAGCAGCCUGGGGUUGAUUUGCUGGGAGGUCUAGCGGCUCUGAAGAAAGGCGUUGAAGACGGCAUCUUCCCCAACCAAUACGAAUUCGAGGCCGCACUUCAGACUCUCCUCUACGCCUCGCACGAUAGCCAUGUCAGGUUGAAUGCAGGCAUUCUUGCUGCCUUCUCGUUCUCAAGUCCUCAAGAAAUCGUCUCACUGUCUCUGGAUGGAAUUCAACUUCCUCAAGUUUACCUGGUAAAGGAUCUUGCCGACAGCAACUUUCUCUUGGCUUACAAACCAUCCCCCAUUAUCUCAAUCAACGGCGAGGAAGUUGUUACCUAUCUCACGAAAUUCGCUGGGAAGAACUCCAUUGGCAUGAUCGAGCCCCACGGAGACUGGAAUCAAUUAAUGCGCAGCGCGGCUCAGGAUAUCCAAGGCUACCGCAACACCUUCACCACGGCGACCUUCUAUCCUGGUGACACGAUUACAUUCAACCUUGGAAAUGGCACCAAUCUGACUGAGCGAUUUCAGGCAACUUAUUAUGAUCUAGGUGACACUGGGCCGUUGCAAACAGGAGGCGAUUUCUACAACUCCUUUGUCCUCGGGCUUCUACCGGCUUCGUACGAUCCAGACUUGGUCGACAACAAUACUAUUAAUAUCACCGCUAUAUUAGACGACCCUGGUUCAUUCGAUAACGCGACGACUGCAUCACCAACUGCAGCGCCGAGUGCGGCGCCAACAGCUUCCAUUUCAUCCGAACCAACAUGUGGCAGCUGGUUCAAUCUUGCGUAUCCAGACUGCGCAGAUACUUUCCAAAACGAUCUAGGUACCUACGGGGGAGGCUUCGUAUCCGGCUACUUUCUCAACAGCACGCAGGUUGCCGUCCUCAGCAUCCCCUCUUUUGACGCUCUAGAGCAAGAAGCCGGCACUUUCGACUCUGCGAUCCUAGAUUUCAUCACGACAAGUCAGAAAGCGAACAUGAAGAAAAUCGUCAUUGACCUUCAAUCCAACUAUGGAGGGUCCCCUCUUGUGGCAGUUGAUACGUUCAGGCGGUUCUUUCCAAACAUCGACGCCUUCCAAGGUUCUCGCCUUCGAGCCCAUCCUGCGGCAAACGUGAUGGGAAACACCAUAACGGAGUACUUUGGACUUUUUGAAAACACUGAUGAGAUGUACGCGGAUCUGAUUAGCAAUGAAUGGGUAGCAACGACCAAGAUCAACGCCGAUACAAAUCAAUUGUUCAAAUCUUGGCCAGAGGAAUUCGGCCGCCCUCAAUCCUUCGAUGGAGACAACUUUACAACAACGCAACGAUAUGAUCUUGCGGACACCUUCUUUGACUCCAUAGCGGUGGAUGAUCAAAACAAAACCUUUACAGUCUUUGGAUAUGGGUCAAAUGCAGCUCCUGCAAACGCUGCUCCAGCCUAUGCUGCCGAGGACAUCAUUAUCCUUACCGACGGAAUCUGUCACUCGUCCUGUGCCCUCUUCGUCGAAAUGAUGCACCACGAGGCUGGCGUCCGAGUCGUGGUAGCGGGUGGGCGACCGGAGACAGGGCCAAUGCAAGGAGCAAGCGGUAGUCGCGGAGCAAGCAUCUACUACACCUACGAACUCGACCAAGACAUCCAAUUCACGCAAGAAAUCUUGGAAGAAUCCAUCUUCGACUCCUCGUUCGCGAACCCCUAUUUCCUGCCCAACCGCACGACCGAGCUCACAGUGCAGGUCUCAUACGCUUCGAUCAACCUGCGCGACCAGGUGCGAGCAAACGAGACUGUGCCGCUGCAAUUCGCCUACGAGGCCGCCGACUGCCGGAUCUUCUACACGCCCAGCACGUUCUACAACUACAGCGCGCUCUGGCAACACGCGGCCGACGCGAUCUGGGCGAACCCCAGCCUGUGCGUGAACGGGUCAACAGGCUUCGCGUCCCAGGCAGGCGCGAAGAGCGAUCUCAACGGUCCAUCCGCUGACUCUAACGCGGGCACGGUAACGGCGAGCGAUAUCCUAGGCCACCUGAACACAUCCGACACGUCCUCGCUCCCCUUCCUAACACACGACACCAACGGGCUCGACGACGGCGCCGACCCGGUCUCCAAGGCGAACCCCGUCAAGCGCUGCAAGAGCAACGACGACUGCGCCGCGCUGGGGAAGUCGCACCACUUCUGCGCCGUCGUCCCGCUGUGUGACGCGAACCUCAACCCGACGGUGACGACGGGGCUGUGUCUGAAGAAGUGCUCGAAUGGGCCGCAGGGCGCGCCGGAGUGCAAGGCCGCGGAAACGUGUCUGCUUUCGCAGCUCAUUUGUGAUAAGCCCGGCCAUUGUGUGAGGGAGAAUUCGACGCCGAAUAAGCAGGCGUUGGUUCCUAAUAGUGCGGCGACGGUCCCGCAGGGCGUUUGUGAUCUGAUAUGUAAUGGUAAGGGUGGAUUGAAGGCUGUGAAGAAGUCCGGGCCAUCGUGA